AAAGCUAUUCAUUGAUAGAAACUCGCCUUCAACCUUGGACAUAACAAAAACAACUCACCAAUCCAAUUCUUCCCUCUAUACUUCGCUGUACUACUCCACAAACCCCAAACUCGUCAUUUCCCACCUUUUCCGAUGACCCUAUGACCACCGCCUCCUCCUCCCCUCCCUUCCAAUUCCCCGAUUUAAUGGCCUCCGACUCCGAACCCGACGACUCCUACUCCCCCUCCCCCUCCCAAAACCCGACUCCGACUCCGACCGGCCCAAACCCGGCCCAGCUCCUCCACCUCUCCUUCAACCAAGACCACGGCUGCUUCUCCGCCGGCACCGACCUCGGCUUCUGCAUCUACAACUGCGACCCCUUCCGCGAGAUCUUCCGCCGCGACUUCGGCCCACGCGGCGCCGUCGGAUUGGUCCAGAUGCUCUUCCGCUGCAACAUCCUCACCAUCGUCGGCGGCGGCGGACCCGACCCGCUCUACUCCCCCAACAAGGUCAUGAUCUGGGACGACCACCAGUCCCGCUGCAUCGGCGAGCUCUCCUUCCGGUCGGAAGUCAAAGGCGUCCGCCUCCGCCGCGACCGGAUCGUCGUGGUUCUUGUCCAGAAGAUCUUCGUCUACAAUUUCGCCGAUUUGAAGCUCCUUCAUCAGAUUGAGACGAUCGCGAACCCGAAGGGACUGUGUGAGGUGUCGUAUUUGGGGCCGCAGGCGGUGCUGGUGUGCCCGGGGCUCCAGAAAGGUCAGAUUCGGGUCGAGCAUUACGGGUCGAAGCGGACUAAGUUUAUUAUGGCACAUGAUUCCAGGCUGGCCUGCUUCGCGCUCUCGCAGGACGGGAGGUUGCUGGCUACGGCGAGUAGUAAGGGGACUUUGAUCAGAGUUUUCAAUACUUUGGAUGGUUCAUUGCUGCAAGAGGUAAGGAGAGGAGCAGAUAGAGCAGAGAUACAUAGUCUUUCUUUCUCUUCGAAUGCCCAAUGGCUAGCUGUCUCGAGCGACAAGGGAACUGUCCAUGUUUUUAAUCUAAAGGUUGAUUCAGGAUCCUUGGGGAAUGAAAUAUCACGCAGUCCAUCAACUAGUCCUCCUAAUUCAUCAGCCAUUUCAUCUCUUUCUUUCAUGAAAGGUGUUCUUCCAAGGUAUUUCAGCUCAGAAUGGUCAAUGGCUAAAUUUCACUUGCAGGAAGGUUUGGAGUACAUUGUUGCCUUUGGCCACCAGAAGAACACAGUAGUGGUUCUUGGCAUGGAUGGAAGCUUCUAUCUGUGUGAAUUUGACCCUGUGAAUGGAGGAGAAAUGACUCAGCUUGAAUACUAUAAUAUCUUGAAGCCAGAAGAAACUUUCUGAAUCAUUGUAAAUGUUUUUGUUUCUUGAUAGUGAUCUCUUAUAUCUGUUUAUAUUAUGCUUUCUCUUUAAACUAUUUAGGGAAUUGAAAUACUCAAAUACAUUGUAAAUAUCUGAGGAAAUGAAAUGAGUCCAACUUCAGCCAUUGUGUCC